GCCUCCUCCCUUCUCUCGGAGUCCUCGGUCCUCCUUCUCUAUUACAGGCUUCAGCCAGCGAGCAGUGGCAGCGCAUAUUUUUGAAGCAAAAUGAUGGAGAGCAGAACGAAACAAUGACGAGAAAAACGACCAGGAACCGACAUUACCUGGAAAAGUAGAAAAAGAAGAAGUUGUCGGACAGAGAAAGACACAUAACCCGGAUCAACAGUGGACUGGUUUUUUUCAAAGAGGAAAGCACUGCGAGAGCUGAAGAAACUACAAUCUGACUGGAAGCUGGUUCUCCUCCUGGACAAGCCCUCGAUAAACUCAGAGUUGCGACAUCCAUGGACUUUGCUGUAAGAGAGGUCAAUGUGGGUCAUGGAGCCUCCAAUAGUUCAAACAAACCCCGCUGCUGGACUCUAGUACGGAACAGACAGCAGCGAUGGGAUUACUGAGGGUAACGACACCAUAAACCAGGGCCACACAUCGCUAUGUAACCAGUUUAAGAUGGAGGAGACAAACUGGUUUACCUGCACUGUACUGAACUGGAGGAGGGGCCUGUUCACACAGGAAGAAUAACACAGGUGGAGAAGUCGUCCUGAAGCUGAUUGUGUGAUAAGAAGCUUCUCUGGAGGUGAAGUGAAGUGUUGUCAGAGCUGCUGAUGUCCUGAAGGACUUAAAGUCUCUCUUAGUCUGACAGGAAGAUGAAGAUGUUGCUGGUGAUGGUCCUCCUCCUGCACGUUUCCCAGCAUGCUUUGGCUGGGGUGGUGGAGGUGAAUGAGGGGGCGGAGUCGGUCCUUCUGCCCUGUGAGUACGAUGGUAUUCUAACUGAAGAAAACUUCAGAGUCGUGUGGACUCGCAGCGAUCUCAGUCCCAGAUUUGUCCACCAGAGAGGAGAAGAAGGUGAUCUGGAAGAACAGAACCAGCGUUACAGAGGACGAACAUCAAUGAAACCUGAUGCUUUAGACUCUUCAGACUUCAGUCUCACUCUGAGAAAACCACAUCUGUCUGACAGCAGCAACUACACCUGCUCCAUCACUGAUGGAGUACAUGUACGGAGAGUAACGGAUGUUGAGCUGAAGGUGAAAGACCAUCAGGAGGAGGUGAAGGUGACUGAGGGGGCGGAGUCUGUCAUCCUGCCCUGCAGAACAACCCCUGACCUGCCCAAAGACGUCACUGUGGAGUGGACUCGCUCUGAUCCAGAUUUAAUGAUGGUUCAUGUCUAUCCAAGCACAAGUAAGGAGUUUAUGAAGCAGAGCAAGUUUUACAGAGACCGUACAGAGAUGUACGAAGACCUGCUGAGAUCUGGAGACGUCAGUCUGACCCUGAAACACCCCACAGACAGAGACACGGGAAGCUACAUCUGCACGGUCUACAGAGACAAAGACAUCCUGAGACAGAAAGUAGUUCUGAUACACGUCAAAGAACCAUUUCCAUCCUGGGCCACAGCUGUUCUGGUUCUCCUGGUUCUGGUUCUUAUUGUCUCUGCUGGUGUUUUAUAUCAUUUUAGGUUCUGUUUCAUGUCAGUCUACCAGGUGAAGGUGGAGUCAGGGGCGGAGUCUGUCCUGCUGCCCUGCAGAACCACAGUUCACCUGCCUGGAGACGCCAAAGUGGAGUGGAAGGAUAAUAAAUACAGGAGGGUCCAUGUGUAUGAGAACAGUUCUGACCAGCCUGAAAAACAGAACCAGUUCUACAGAACCAGAACAGUGAUGGAGAGAAACCCUCUACAAUCUAGAAACCUCAGUCUGACUCUGAAACACCCUACAGAUGUAGAGAGUACCACCUUCACCUGCAGCGUCUACAGCAGGGAGGGAAACAUCCUGAUGGAGAAACAAGUUCGUCUCACAGUCAGAGUCUACCAGGUGGAGGCGGAGCCAGAGGCGGAGUCUGUCCUGCUGCCCUGCAGAACCACAGUUCACCUGCCUGGAGACGCUAAAGUGGAGUGGAAGGAUAAUAACUACUGGACGGUCCAUAUCUAUGAGAACGGUUCUGACCAGCCUGAAGAACAGGACCAGUUCUACAGAACCAGAACAGUGAUGGAGAAAAACCCUCUACAAUCUAGAAACCUCAGUCUGACUCUGAAACACCCCACAGAUUAUGAUAGUACCACCCUUACCUGCAGCGUCUACAGCAGGGAGGGAAACAUCCUGAUGAAGAAACAUGUUCAUCUCACAGUCAGAGUCUACCAGGUGGAGGCGAAGUCAGGGGUGGAGUCUGUCCUGCUGCCCUGCAGAACCACAGUUCACCUGCCUGGAGACGCUAAAGUGGAGUGGAGGAAUAAUCUCAAUAUAAAGGUCCAUGUGUAUCAGAGCGGUUCUGACCAGCCUGAUGAACAACAUCAGUUGUAUAGAACCAGAACAGUGAUGGAGAGAAACCCUCUACAAUCUAGAAACCUCAGUCUGACUCUGAAACACCCCACAGAUGGAGACAGUAGGACCUUCACCUGCAGAGUAUUCAGCAGGGAGGGAAACAUCCUGAUGGAGAAGAAAGUUCAUCUCACAGUCAGAGUCUACCAGGUGGAGACAGAGUCAGGGGCGGAGUCUGUCCGGCUGCCCUGCACAACCACAGAUCACCUGCCUGGAGACGCUAAAGUGGAGUGGAAGGAUAAUAACUACAGUACAGUUCAUGUGUAUCAGAACGGUUCUGACCAGCCUGAAGAACAGGACCAGGACUACAGAACCAGAACAGUGAUGGAGAGAAACCCUCUACAAUCUAGAAACCUCAGUCUGACUCUGAAACACCCCACAGAUGCAGACAGUUGGACCUUCACCUGCAGCGUCUACAGCAGGGAGGGAAACAUCCUGAUGAAGAAACAAGUUCAUCUCACAGUCAGAGUCUACCAGGUGGAGGCGGAGUCAGGGGCGGAGUCUGUCCUGCUGCCCUGCAGAACCACUGUUCACCUGCCUGGAGACGCUAAAGUGGAGUGGAGGGAUAAUAACAGCACAGCCCAUGUGUAUCAGAAUGGUUCUGACCAGCCUGAUGAACAGCACCAGUUCUACAGAACCAGAACAGUGAUGGAGAGAAACCCUCUACAAUCUAGAAACCUCAGUCUGACUCUGAAACACCCCACAGAUUUAGACAGUACCACCUUCAUCUGCAGCGUCUACAGCAGGGAGGGAAACAUCCUGAUGGAGAAACAAGUUCGUCUCACAGUCAGAGUUCCACAGGUGGAGGUGGAGGUGGAGUCAGGGGCGGAGUCUGUCCUGCUGCCCUGCAGAACCACAGUUCACUUGCCUGGAGAUGCUAAAGUGGAGUGGAAGGAUAAUGACAAUGAUACGGUCCAUGUGUAUCAGAACGGUUCUGACCAGCCUGAAGAACAGCACCUGUUCUACAGAACCAGAACAGUGAUGGAGAGAAACCCUCUACAAUCUAGAAACCUCAGUCUGACUCUGAAACACCCCACAGACGGAGACAGUAAUACCUACACCUGCAGCGUCUACACCAGGGAGGGAAACAUCCUGAUGGAGAAACAUGUUCUGCUCACAGUCAGAGUCUACCAGGUGGAGGUGGAGUCAGGGGUGGAGUCUGUCCUGCUGCCCUGCAGAACUGCAGUUCACCUGCCUGGAGACUCUAAAGUGGAGUGGAAGAAUGAUAUCCACUGGACGGUCCAUGUGUAUGAGAACGGUUCUGACCAGCCUGAAGAACAGGACCUGUUCUACAGAACCAGAACAGUGAUGAAGAGAAACCCUCUACAAUCUAGAAACCUCAGUCUGACUCUGAAACACCCCACAGAUUAUGACAGUUGGACCUACACCUGCAGCGUCUACAGCAGGGAGGGAAACAUCCUGAUGAAGAAACAAGUUCUGCUCACAGUCAGAGUCUACCAGGUGGAGGUGGAGUCAGGGGCGGAGUCUGUCCUGCUGCCCUGCAGAACCACAGUUCACCUGCCUGGAGACGCUAAAGUGGAGUGGAGGGAUAAUCUCUACAGGACAGUCCAUGUGUAUCAGAACGGUUCUGACCAGCCUGAAGAACAGAACCAGUUCUACAAACCCAGAACAGAGAUGGAGAGAAACCCUCUACAAUCUAGAAACCUCAGUCUGACUCUGAAACACCCCACAGAUUAUGACAGUAGAACCUUCACCUGCAGAGUCUACAGCAGGGAGGGAAACAUCCUGAUGAAGAAACAAGUUCUGCUCACAGUCAGAGUCUACCAGGUGGAGGUGGAGUCAGGGGCGGAGUCUGUCCUGCUGCCCUGCAGAACCACAGUUCACCUGCCUGGAGACGCUAAAGUGGAGUGGAGGGAUAAUAACUACAGGACUGUCCAUGUGUAUCAGAAUGGUUCUGACCAGCCUGAAGAACAGGACCAGUUCUACAGAACCAGAACAGUGAUGGAGAGAAACCCUCUACAAUCUAGAAACCUCCGUCUGACUCUGAAACACCCCACAGAUGAAGACAGUGGGACCUUCACCUGCAGCGUCUACAGCAGGGAGGAAAACAUCCUGAUGAAGAAACAAGUUAAUCUCACAGUCAGAGUCUGUCAGGUGGAGGUGGAGGAGGGGGCGGAGUCUGUCCUGCUGCCCUUCAGAACUACACCUGACCUGCCUGGAGACGCUGAAGUGGUGUGGUGGCGCUUGGAACCUAAACCAGAAAUGAAGGUCCACGUGUACCAGAAGGGAUCUGAUCAACCUGAAGACCAGGACCAGGUCUACAGAAGCAGAACUAAGAUGAAUCAAGAUCCUCUGAAAACUGGAGACCUCAGUCUGACUCUGGAUCAUCCCAAACAUGGAGACAGUGGACGUUACAAAUGUAGAGCCAGGAGGGGAGGCGGUUUCAUUAGAUAUAAAACUGUUCUGCUCAAAGUCAAAGGGAGAGUUCAGGUCCAGGAUCAGAGGACAUCAGGAACAGAAGCAGAUCCGACUCCUCUGAUGGCUGAUCAAUCAGUCUGAUCUUUGAUUAUUGAUCCAAUCUGACUUUGGAUCAGAGAGAAAAUAUCAGUGAAGGAUCUGAUGGACGAUGGAUGAAGAGAGGACUUGUUCCAGCCUGCAGACGUAGUAUUGAUCAGUAGUGAUCAGUGAUGUCAGAGUGGAGUCAGUGUGAUG